GGGGCUCCGGCAAGCAGCUCCGCGCGCCCUGGCUCCAUCACGUGCCCCGGGAAACGCCCUUCCUCCCUUCCCUUCAGCUUCCUACACGUCACCCAGAAAGAGGCUUCCGUCUCUAAAGUUGGCCGCGGCAGGACGAGGAGACGUGUACAGUUCUUGGCCGUUGCCCCGCCCCACGACCCGGAAGGCGAAGCCUUGGGUCCGGCUCAAGAUGGCGCCUCCCACGCCGCUUCUGGCAGUGCGAGGAUCUGAAGGACUGUAUAUGGUGAAUGGGCCUCCUCAUUUUGCAGAGAAUACAGCGUUUCCAAGGGACUCUGGGAAAAGCAGCAAAGUUUUUGCUUUCAGCAAAAAUGGUUCCCUCUUUGGUUGGUGCAACGGAGAACAAAUAAACAUUGUGAAUGUCAUCAGCAAUGACUUGCUGCACUCUUUUGAUCUGCCAAAGACCCUUUCCCUUGAAUUCUCUCCACUGAGCAAUGUCCUGGCAACAUGGCAGCCCUACACAACUGCAAAAGAUGGCACAGCAGGGGUGCCCAAUCUGCAACUUUUUGAUGUGAAAACUGGAAAGUGUUUGAAGUCUUUCAUCCAGAAAAAGAUGCAGAAUUGGUGUCCUUGCUGGUCAGAUGAUGAAAGAAUUUGUGCCAGGAGUGUUAACAAUGAACUGCACUUCUUUGAAAACAACGACUUCAGUAUAAUUGUCAAUAAAUUGCAUUUGCAAAAAGUCACUGAUUUUGUGUUAUCACCAGGAGAACCACCAACCAAGGUAGCUGUCUAUGUUCCUGGAAGCAAAGGAGCUCCCUCUUUCGUCAGACUUUAUCAGUAUCCUAACUUUGGAGGCCCACAGUCUGCAUUGGCCAACAAGAGUUUCUUUAAAGCUGAUAAGGUGACAAUGCUGUGGAACAGUAAAGCCACUGCCGUGCUCGUAAUAGCUAGCACAGAAGUGGAUAAAACAGGAGCGUCGUACUACGGAGAACAAACUCUGCAUUACAUAGCAACAAAUGGCGAAAGUGCUGUUGUACAACUAGCAAAAAAUGGCCCUAUUUAUGAUGCAACCUGGAAUCCCAAUUCCACAGAGUUUUGUGUUGUGUAUGGUUUCAUGCCUGCCAAAGCUACUAUCUUCAACCUAAAAUGUGAUCCCGUGUUUGACUUUGGGACCGGCCCUCACAAUGCUGCAUACUACAGCCCUCAAGGACACAUCUUAGUAUUAGCUGGAUUUGGGAAUCUCAGUGGACAACUAGAUGUGUGGGAUAUUAAAAACUACAAACUAAUUUCCAAACCACAGGCCUCGGAUUCUACAUAUUUUGCAUGGUGCCCAGAUGGGGAGCAUAUUGUCACUGCUACGUGUUCUCCAAGACUACGAGUUGGGAAUGGCUACAAGAUCUGGCACUACAGUGGCUCUGUCUUAUACAAAUAUGAAGUCCCUCAAAAUGCAGAACUCUGGCAAGUGGCCUGGCAACCCUUUUUGGAUGGUGUGUUUCCAGCAAAGACAGCAACGUACCACGCUGUUCCAAGCAAUGUGCCUAAUGAUGAGCCAAAGGCCACCCAAGCUUAUAGGCCUCCAGCUCUGAGAAAUAAACCCGUGACUAGUUCUAAGCUUCAUGAGGACGAGCCACCACAGAACAUGAGGCCAUCGUCAAAAAGUAGUGAUAAGCCAUUAUCUAAAACAGCACUCAAAAAUCAAAGGAAGCACGAGGCAAAGAAAGUUGCUAAACAGGAGGCCAGAGUUGAAGGGAACCAAGAAGUUGUUCCUGCCCCACCAGUACAGAAUGUGUUGCACCAUGCAGUACCUUCUGUAACAUCAGGGGAUCCUGAAGUAGACAAGAAGAUAAAGAACCUGAAAAAGAAACUAAAAGCAAUUGAACAGCUGAAAGAUCAGGCAGCAACAGGCAAACAACUAGAGAAAAACCAGUUGGAGAAAAUUCAGAAAGAGGCUGCCCUUCUAAAAGAGCUAGAAGAUUUGGAACUGGGUGUUUAGGACUACAGAACAUGAGCAUCAUGGAUUUGUUCUACAGAAUCAUUUCAUAUCAUAAUAAAUGUGCAUUUUAAAAUA